AUGGUCACAGGUUACAUAUUCGAUAUAAUCGUGGUGCGUAUUGAUACGCCUAUGCAAAAAUAUGACGAUCCUAAUCUCUUCGCUGUCGACGUCAACUACAACAACGUCUCGCUGAGCAUCACCGCCAGCCGUAUCAAUGUGGCCGAGUUUCGCUCCGGACGCAGUUAUGAAUUCGAGUCGACGCCGGAUGAGCUGCGCGCCGACAUGGAGGCGCGUCCACUCAAGCUAACGAUCAAAUAUGACAACGUCAUUGUAGGCUCCGGUGCGAUGAUUUGGCCGCCUUCGGUGCUUAAUAAAGUAUCCGACGCAGCAAACGAAAUUACGCAUGUCGAUGAGUGUGAGAUCAUGUUCGACGAGGACAAAGUCGGUACUGUUGAGGUGAUCGUGCGCUUGCAAUGUAAAUGCCAAGAAAACUGCGAUGACUUCAUGACCGAUCGCGAUGAUAUUCGUCACCACUUGGACAAAGUGAUCAAUCCGCAUGAUAUUCUUUUUGUGGUUGGCGAUACCGCCAAAGAAGACGAAUGUACUGGUCUCUUGCCCGAUGCAAAUCACACCUGUGAUGGCGAUCGUUAUACGACAGCGCUCGACUUGUCACGCUAUCGUGCGAUCAACGGACGACUGGUGCCGACGCCCGAUGUGCUAAAUACCUGCGGCAAUACGGAAUGCUGCGAAUUGAAGAAAAUGUCCAACACAUAUCAGAAACUGAUCGAUUCCAUAGCGGCGGCGAACGAUAAGCGCUCGUGCCGGGCAAGCACCCACAUACGCGAAUGUCCGCAUGACAAUAAAUAUUCCUCGAGUAGUACUAGGGAUAGUUCAGAUUGCCGAUUUCCAUGUUCUUGCUUCGCCAAUCAACACUCGGAGAAUGGCGCGUUCGCCGGCGAAAAACUCGUUAACAUUUGUCCACAGGCAGCGCCGAAUACUAACCAGACUGUGAUGCACACGCCGAGACUUUGUCCAGUCUGCAAAGAGAAUAUCUCUUGGCUACCGAAACUUGCAUGUUGUCCGAAAUGUGGCUACAAGCCGGUACCGUAUGUAGAGGAGAAGGCAUACAAUGAGAAAAUGACCGCCGAUCAAAUACUACAAGAGUACUUGGACAAACAAUCGAGUGGCACCGAUCAGAAGUUAAGCGACUGCUGUCGUCAUGAUGCCGGCGAAAUGCCAUCAGCCGCGGAAAAAAAAGAAUGUCGCUGUACUUGUAAAAAUGGCAAGACUUGCGCUCAUUGCCGCAUACGUAAGCUAUGUGAGGAUAUCUUUCAGCCACCGCGACCGCCAGAAGAACCAGAACCGGAUUGUGGCAAGUGUGAAUCGGAUGAGAUGUUCAAUGUAUGCAAGACCAGCAGUAAAGACUGUCGUCCGUACCUAGCACGCGUUUUUUCUGAGCUAAGAGAUUUAUAUGAUAUAAAGAAGGCACAGUAUAAACCCUUCAAACAAGAUGAGCGCUGCGAAAAAGAGUUGCAGGGCUCAGGCGGCGUCCAAAAGAAACGCGCACCACAAGACAGUGCUGAUAAAGCAGGCAAACAGAAGAGAAGUCCACAAGAAGAGGAGCAACCAUCCAGGCGGAAGAAAAAAACUCGCAUGAGACUUAAACCGAAUGAACCCGAGCAAACCAAGAGGGAUAAAAAAGCCUAUACGUAUGGCGGCGAUCGCUCUUUUCCAAUCAAGGACGCUCGCCAUCUGAAGUGCGUCAACGGCUUUAAUAUUGGCAAAAAGAAUGUACCACGUAACAUGGGUUGGUUAUGGAAUUUGGAUACGAGUGGCAAAAGACGUGGUUGGAAGCCGGGCGCCAUACGCAAACCAAUUAAAGAGAUCAUGAGAUUCUUCCUAAAAGAUUAUCCAGCCGAUACGAUACGCGUCUCCCAAUACGCAUAUCGCGAUCAAGGUAAAGGUGAUGGUAAAGAGUGUGAGGAGGAGAUGGUACAAAGACCUACAUUACAUAUUUGCAAAAAGAAUGAUGAGUACUUUAUAACACUGCGUCCACUUAAAGAUGCCGAAGCUUUAAAGGAAUGCGCCGAUCCUUACCUCAACAUGAAACCCAUACAAUUUAAAAUAACCAAAAAUCCAUUAAUGGUCGAAAUGAGUAAGCUGAAGCGCUGCCUCAAACAAAUGGGUUUUGCCAAAUGUACUUGCCACAAGCCAGUGAUUGAGUGCUACUGUCGAAGUUUUUUGGAUAAGAAGCGAUUGGAGUAUCAGGUCAGUAAGGAAUGUCGUAAGCGUGAAAUACCCUGCUGUAAUAGCACGCUGGUGCUGUCCGACACCACCGACUCGGAUGUGGAGUUUGAUUUCGGUGUAACACCACCUGCUGGCGUUAUUAAACCAGAGCGUCUCAAGAAGCCGAACUUAGUCAACCAUGGUACACAGUAUGUGGAGAACGAUUGGAAUAUACAGCCCAAGUAUCCACUGCCACCUAACCGAUUCAUGAAGUCAUACAACUGUGCAACUGGUGCACAUUACGAUUUCAGUGGCGGUGGUUGGGGUGGCUAUGGUGGUGGACCUGGAGGCGGUUGGGCUGGUGGUCCUGGCGGUGGCUGGGGCGGUGGCGUUGGUGGCUGGCGUGGUGGCAGAGGUGGUUGGGGUCCUGGCGGUGGCAGAGGUGGUGGCGGUGGUUGGGGACCAGGUGGUGGGCGAGGUGGCUGGGGUCCUGGUGGUGGUAGAGGCGGCUUUGGUCGUGGCGGCGGUAGAGGUGGUGGUCCUGGUGGUUGGGGUCCUGGCGGUAGAGGUGGACGUGGUGGUGGCCGCGGUGGUUGGGGAGGCGGUGGCCCAGGUGGUGGACCCGGUGGCGGACCUGGUGGUCCUGGUGCAAUCGGUCCAGACGGCAAACCAAUACCCGGUGGUGGUGUUGAUAUGAUGAAGUAUUUGAAGCAAGGCAAAGGUGGUGCUGGCAGUGGUGGAGGUGGUCCAGGAGGAUCUGCAUAUCAAGCGCGACUGCGGCGUGAGCGUUUAACAGAAGUGCCUCCACCUUUGCUCUGUAUGAUUGAUCGUCGUAGAAAACCGGAUCCCUGUUAUUAUCCAUGUUACUCACCCUGCUAUCCGUCUUGCUAUUCGCCCUGCUAUCCGUGUGGCGAUUGUUGUUAUCCGUGUCCAGAACGAAUAUGUUGAUUGUUUUACUUAUAAAAUUAGGAAAGUGAA